UCUCUCAGAGAUUGGAACGGAGGUUACGUUACGAGAGCGUGUUAAUAUGGCCGAUAUUACAGAGCAGAAAGGGGAAAACCUCGAUGCGCAAAUGGAAAUCAAGGUGGAACCAACGCUACAGGCGUAUGUCGAAGAGGAACACGAAAAUGGUUUUCCCGGUUUCGAAAGUAACAACGCAAUUCCCUCUAGUGCUGAUGUCGGUGCUUUAAAUUUAUGGACCAGCAAGGCUACCGCGUGUCUUAUUAGCCAGUAUAAGAAAUAUCAUUCGAUGGUAGGACAGUCUACUCAGAUUCGAAGUUUACGCGAGAUGUUCGAGAUGAUCUCUCUCGAGAUGCAAAAGCACGGGUUUUACUUUAGUCCUCAGAAAUGCGAGAAUAAAUGGCGUGUCCUGGAAAGAAAGUACAAAAAUCUGGUGUUUCGAGAACGACUGAAAAAGCCCGGUAGAAUGAGGCAUUACGGACAAUGGGAGCACAAAAGAGCGUUGGACGAAAUUUUCAAGGAAAAGAAGAAACACAUGUACCUGGAGGAAAGCGACUUUCCACCGCCUCCUGGCUCUGCACGGUACAUGUUCAUUUUACCGAAACCCAUAAACGAGGAGCAAACGAAUAUUACCGUUGUCAAUCAGCAACAGGAGGACCCUCUCGCGGCGCCGGCGUCCAACUCUUCCGCAAACAAGAGCGACACGCUGGAUCAGAAAGGAACCUUAACCACGCUGUUCGAAAAAUUCCUCGAUGAAAUGGCGAAACAUUUCGCGAUCGCGGAGAAAAACAGAGAGAAGAGGCACAAAGAAAAGAUGGCAAUGCGGCAAAGCGAGUUGGAAAUUCAAAAGAGACUUUUAAAAUUAAAGGAGGAAAAGAUAGAGUUACAGAAACGUCAAAUUAUCGCUGCUGCUCAACAUUUACACUUAAACAUGUAG